GCUACCUUUUGAUGUUAAUGAGCUGUUCUCUUUCACAGGCUGGCAGUGAUGGUGAAAGCAUAGGAAACUGUCCCUUUUCACAGAGACUCUUCAUGAUUUUGUGGCUCAAGGGAGUAGUGUUUAGUGUCACAACGGUUGACCUGAAGAGGAAACCAGCAGACCUUCAGAACUUGGCUCCGGGGACUCAUCCCCCUUUUAUUACCUACAAUGGUGAAGUGAAAACAGAUGUGAACAAAAUUGAAGAGUUCCUUGAAGAUGUCUUGUGUCCACCCAAAUACUUAAAGCUUUCACCAAGGCACCCAGAAUCAAACACUGCGGGAAUGGACAUCUUUGCCAAAUUUUCUGCGUUUAUCAAGAAUUCCAGACCGGAGGCCAAUGAAGCUUUGGAGCGUAGCCUGUUGAAAACGCUGCAGAAGCUGGAUGAGUACCUGAACACUCCGCUCCCUGAUGAGAUAGAUGAGAACAGCAUGGAAGAUAUCGCAGUUUCUACCCGCAAGUUUCUGGAUGGCAAUGAGAUGACAUUAGCAGACUGCAACUUGCUGCCUAAACUACACAUUGUCAAGGUGGUUGCCAAAAAAUAUCGUAAUUUUGAUAUUCCCAAAGAUAUGACAGGGAUUUGGAGAUACCUGACCAAUGCCUAUAGCAGGGAUGAAUUCACCAAUACUUGCCCUGGAGACAAAGAGAUUGAAAUAGCUUACAGCGAUGUCGCCAAGAGACUCACUAAUUAAACAGCACUUGCAAAAGAGUUGACUUCUCACAUUUCAUAACAGAAUGCUUUUCCUAACAGACUGUUCUUUUGCAUAUAAAAUAACAAUUUAUUUUGCAUGAAUUUGCAGUUAUUCAAUGUUAUGUUGGAUAGAGCAGGUACAGUUAUUACGUAAAUUUGCAAAAUAAGAGUAACAAAGCUUGUUUUCCUUUAUCAUCUUUAGCAGCAUAUGAAGAUUAUCAUUAAUACAGUUUGUGUUAAUGUUGCACUGGGGUAACCCUACACACCCUAGCAUAAAGGGUCGUUUUCCUCCACUAUUUUAUCUAUUAAGCAUAGCUAAACUUUCAAAUAUUUGGUCCGUUUCUUAGUAGAUGCUCUAUUGAACUUCAUUAAUUGAUCCACAAUAUUCUCUUGGUAUAUGGUACAUGAAAUAUUUAUGUAUUUUGGAAUUUUUUUACUUCUUAGGUCUACACAUAGGAGGAAAGUAGUUCUGCAGCAUAUUGGUCUGUACCUGCUUGUCUAUCCCCGCUGAAUACCAAAGGAUCUUAUUACCAAAAAAGCCUUUUGCAGACUAUUUGGCAAUGUUAUUUCAACAAGGAAAAAAAUACUGUUAAAUGUUGGUUUACAAACAGGGGGGACUCUCCUAGAAAUGCACCUGCCCCAGCGCUAGGUGUGAAUGCUCCAAACUCAGAGAGUUGGGAUCUAGGUCUGAAUUUUGUUAGGGGCCUCUCAGAGAAAGUGUUUAGUUAAAGGAGCCCGAUGAGCACAGGUAACGGUUUAGGGUUUAAGCAAAUGGGGCUGUCUGAAGGGAGCUUUGGCCCACACCAGAGACAGUUAGCAGAAGGUCAUUUUGAUGGGUCAUCAUGGAGAAACCAGAAGAGCGAGACACACCCACCAUUGGUUCAGUUCAAGAACUGCAAGUGGCUGCUUUUUGGUAGUAAGGAGCCUUUGUUGUGUGUAGGUUGUCUUAGUAACACUUAUUUAGGGAAACUGCUGUCAUAAACAAUGUACAUGUAAACGCUAGGGGUCUAGUUGACAAGUAGCUACUGUAUAUGUUAGCUAGCAGUGCAAUGAGUAGCAAUAUAAGACUGAACACAGCAGCUAGAGUAGAAAUCUUGCUGAGAAUUUUUUUAAAGAUUUUUUCUGAAGCAUGUUUAAGUGACCUUUAAAAGAGACUAUUUGCCUUAACGUACAGUAUGCAUUUUUCUAAAAGAAAAGCCCUCUCUUGUUUUCUUUUAAAAGUAAUGCUCUGAAGUGCCAGCCUUUCUAUGUAUUAAUUUAUCCUCUGACUGUCACUUGUCUACCUACCUGGACAGCAAUUUUGCAUAACCUUAAUCAUUGCACUACUCGAAGUUUUGGUUUUCUACAACAACUCUAAGGAAUAGCACUGCAAUUUUUUAAAGAGCAAUUUUCCAAUAUUUCUAAACCAGGAAAUAGUUUUCUUGUUUAAAAUAAAAAGGCAAGGUUUUGAUGCAGAGCAUAAAUUACUAGGUUAUCUUAGAGGCCAUCAAACCCUACUCCAAAGAGCAUUAGCAUAUUUUUUGUAAUGAUACUUUUUUAUAACUGAUUUUAGAAGUUUGAAAAGUGCUAUUCCUUGUAGGUUGCUUUUCUGAUAUUGAACCUAUGGCAAUAACAUGAAAAUCACACGAACACACUUUUAUGCACUAACAUUUUGGCAAGAACUAGCUUUAAGAAAAACAGCCUGACUUUCUAAGCACCCUGCUUUUGCUACUUCAUAUAUCCAUAAAGUUAGCUUGAAGAAACCCAUAGAGUACUUCCAAAAUGCUUGCGGUGCCUUUUUGUCUUGCCUUUUUAGGUCUAGGAUUCUAUUAUUAUAGCAAGUCUCAGUUUUGUUACCUGGCUUUUCAAAAAUAGCAAUCAAUACAUUUGAAAUCAACCCCUGCUAUGAUUUAUUGCAGAAGUGUUCAGGAACUGAAAGAAAAAUCUACAGCCUGGCUAAAAAUGGGUGGUUGCCUUUUUAUACUCACUGUAUCCUAAAGACCCAGUCACACCAUGAAUAAAAUGUUGUCUAGCAGUAAAAAUCUGUUGUAGGGUUUAUUGUUGCAUCCAGAGAGAGGAAUUAUUUCAUUGCUUGUCGGAUUAAAACUUGGUUUGGUUUAGCUGUUAAUGACAGAUGGAGGGUAAAAAUGGAAGUUUAUUGGUUGGAUGCUUUUAGCCUUUACAGCCGGUCUCCGAGUUACGAACGCGUUAUGGACGAAACGCUUGGCCGUAACUCGGAAUGGUCGUAACUCGGAACCCAUUGAGUUACAUUGCGACGGCGCUGUUCAUAAGCACGGGUCGCGUUCGUAACUCGGAGUCCUCAUUUACGACCGCUUUGGUCAUAAGUGUGGAUGAUUGUAAGUCGAGGUGGCUGUAAGUUAGGGACCAGCUGUAUAUGGCUUAAAAUGCUCAACUGAAAAUGGAAUACAGAAAUCAGUUUGACUAAGGCAAACCCAGAAGUAAUUAAAAUGAAUAAUCUAUAUUAAACUUGGAUCAGGAUGGCCCUUUUGAGUUUUGUUUAAAAAAAUUGGGCCUGAUCUCUAAACAAAUUUAGAACCCACAGUGCCCAGUUAUGUAUGCUGGGUCACUGAGCAUUCACAUGAUCAUAAUUAACCAUUUGUAUGCACAGUGACCCAGUUUGCACACUUGGUUGUGGUAACUGCCCAUCAAAAAAGCAUGCAUCUACGUGCUUAACUUGUUAAAUUAUCAGGCUUGUCAUCUAGUAUAAACCAUAGAUGCUUUGUCAUUUCCCUUUGAUAACUAGGAGCUGCUUCUUCUCAAACCAUGGAUGUUGCAUAUAAUAUGCUAUCACUAAGUAAUUGCAAUGGUUGAUGUUCAAAGCUUGGGAACCAAGUUGAAGCUCCUGCUGUCUUUGGCACCAGUUGAUGAAUUUCUUGCCCCGGUAUGAUGAGCUAUUGAGUGUCAGGGAUUGGACAGCAUUUAAAAGAAUGAGAUUUCCCCCCGAUAGUCACAAUUGAAAUGAGGCUCUGGUUGGUUAGUAACUGAAAGGGGACAUGCCAUAUGAUGGCCGCUUGCUGACCUCCGUGAAAUGAUCUGCUGUUCUUUUGGUUUCCCAGGGGAUGGAUAACUGCAUCCCUAGAGCUGUCCCACUUAUUGGCAUCCUCAGCAGAGAGGCCAAGAACUUAGUGGAGACUUAAUGUCUUUCACCUCUACCAUCCCUUAAGGUCAGCACUGCAGGGUGUGGGCAGGGCGGUGUGUAGCAAGUUUAGUAGUCCCUGUGCAAUAUGCAUUCAAUGGGAUGAGGAUUUCAGUCUGACCCCAAUCACCAGUACUUACGGUAACCCUUAUUAAUGAGAAACUCCCUGUCCUUGCUCCCUCCUUCUUUGGCUGGAGAACAAAGUAUGCACGAGUUUGUAUUUUAUACAGUUUUCCUUUCUGGAAAAGACUGCCUGUAUGUGUAAAGCUGUUUGAGCGGGAUGCCUCUGAACCCUUGACAGGAUUUCAUGCACUCCAAACAUUUUCUGUGCCUGUUUUUCUCUGGUACUCAAAGUCCCAUGUGGACUUUUGCAGCUGUGUAGUUGCAUAAUGACCAUGCCUCCUCUCCCCCCCCCCCCCCCCCCCAAUAAAACUGGUAAUUUUCUGGAAUGGGUACGUCUAAGCUGGUGGAAAAGGGUUGUGUGCAGUUCUUGGAUAAGAUGGAAACUGAAACCGACUUUCUAUGCCCAAAUAGCAAGUAAGCUUUUCAUAUCAAAGGAACACAUGCAUGAAAAGCUGAAUGAUUUGAGCCAAACCCAUAGAUGUCUGUCUACAUGUGGAACGUGGUGGCUGAGAACAGAAAUAUGUACACUCUGUCAUUUAGACAAUGAUUUGAACAAGUCAAAUGAGACUCUUCAGAACAAAGUAUUUCAAGAAGGCCCACUUUGCUUGAGCCACUAAUUCUUGCCUUUUAUACAUGAAAGGGAUGAAGUGGGGUGAGAUGCAGACUUCCAAAACAGGACAUCUGGAAGUAGAGCAUGGCAUGUAGAAAUACCGAAUGAGUCAAUACAAUUGAUUGUAGGAUGCUUAUGUCUUUGACUCUCUGGAUCAUCUUUUCAGAUACACCAGUGUAUUGCUGGCAGCUAAAAAUAAAACUAUAUUUUCACUACCAA